CCCAUGGAGACCGGACGAGAGGAAAAUUUCUGGACCCGCUUGCAUCAAGCUGGGUCAAAGGGUUUCACUCACACACACACUGGAAUGCGGGAGAUGGGUAUGGAAAUACACAAAGAGGUCAUCCACAUUUUUCAGUACACUUUCAACCAGAAAACUAGUCACGUGGCCUCCCGGAGUAGUACCGGAACCAAAUUGCGCAUCAAAAAUUUGCUGUAAAGUAGGCUCCGACCAUCUCCCUAUAGUAAACAUUUCAGGUGACACACCGGCACCCACAUUUUUCCACAACAUAACAGCCUGGUAUCAACUUAAAGCAGAGCCAGGAGCGAAAAUUGGGAGCAUGCGCACUCUCUAUGAAAAAAACAACAAUGGAUUUGAUCCUAAAAUUUGUUAUUCAACCAAAGAUUUAGAGCCCGCAAUAUAUAGGUGCACACACACUGAGACAAUCAACAAUACACAUAUGAGUUAUACCGAAUAUAAAUUCGAUGUAACUUCAUAUGUACCUGAUAACAAUCAACCCGAAGCCUUUGUCUGGACUAGCCGGAGAGAAGGCAUGUAUUGCGUGGGAAAAUGUGUCAACGACCCAGAUAAUUACACUGGGCCACAGAAUUGCACAUGGAUAAUGAAUCAUUGUUUUAAUUUAACCACCUGUGGAUAUAGCAAACCAAAGAAAUGUCCGAGACUAUAUCCUAUUCCUCCUGGUGGACUGAUAAAAGGGAAUGUCAACAAGACAUUAUUUCAUGAUGUAAAUCUAGUAAUGACACAUGUAUCAUACAAUAUUUCCAACAUUUUAUCUGCUUAUGUUAAUCACUGUGAUAAAAAUGACAAGACAUAUGCAUGGCUACAGUCACGAAUCGAUGAUUUAAUUUCUGAUUACAAAAACCGACUUGCCGUGCAAAUCUCACCUGCACGCUCGAAACGAGACCUGCUCGGAAACAUAGCGGGUCUCUUCGGCUCAAUUAAUUCCAUUGCCAACAACUACAAAAUAACCAAACAAUCACAAUACUCAACAUGGUUGGCAAACCAGGUGGCCACUGGUUUUCAGCAUAUCACCAAUAGCAAUGAAAAUAUCAUAAAAGCGGUUCGAUCCGAAGCGCAGGCGCUUCUUGCGAUCACCCACACAUUAUUCAAUCAGACCCGUACCAUCGAACGUGACUUAGCCUGUAGGACAUAUGCACAAGAUCUAUUCACUGCUGCUAGACAAGAAAUCCUUGACCUUCGUCUGUACAAGACACCUAGGCAUGUUUUGAAUGACCUUAUAGAGAUCUUAGAUCUACAUCGGUGGUAUGAAUCAGAAAAAAUGAAAAAUGUAAGAUAUUCUGAAUUACUAUCCACCAUAAUGAUGUUUACAGGAAAUGAAUGUAAUGGAUGUAUUGGGUUUUUCGUCAGUUUUCCUUUAAUACACCCAGAUCAGGUUUUUCCAAAUUCCACUACCAUACGCUCUAUGGGCGUGGUAGUGAAGGAUCAGGUAAUUAAAUGGGAUCACCUCACUGGAUACAUGACACAAAAGGGUACUGAGACCUUGUUUACCAGUCGCACAUGUUGCCAUGAAACGCACAAUUAUGUUAUCUGUACAUGUAACACUUUGCAACCUUUCUCCCCCAAUGACACCAAACUUAUAAACGUUCAGUCACUGCAUGGUUACUAUGAUGUUAUCCAGGUGUCACAUUCACAGUGGUGCGUGGUCAGUGAGAUGAACUCUUUUACCUACGGAGGACUGGCCUGCUCUGCUAAUCACUCGUUUUGCUUGGAAGUAACAGAGGACUUUUCGAUGGGUCAAGUCAACAUUUUAGGAAGAGUGCCACUGGACACAGAGACUUCACCAUGGUGGGAUGACACUUUCUAUGAACAAGGUACCCAAGCUGUGGUUGACACGAUGGAGCUAACACAGAGACUGAUCCUGCAAACUGAAUACCACCUCAACCAAGCGCAGGUUGAGAUCAACCUGGCACGAAAGACUGCACAACUGUUAUCCAGCUCAUCCACUCGGUCGGCACAGUACACAUACACCUGGUGGGACUGGGUGUUCCGGGGGUGUGCCAUUGGCAGUGCCCUGAUCUUCACCUUCACUAUGGUCCAGUGCUGCUAUUUCAGACACCUCAUCAGUUCUACACAGGAAUCCACACACGCUGCCCUUGCCCUCAGCCCGCUGCAGAUACCUGUGUUCCAAAGACUGUAAAAAAAAAAAAAAAAAAAAAAAAAAACUUUGCUUUGUCUGACCCCGCAGGUACCCUAUUACAACUCACCCACGGGGCCAAGCGGGGAAAUACUGUAAGAAUUUUGAUUGAUUCUGACCAAAAGGUCAGCCCUUCCUGAGAACACAGCAUGGAUACCCGAGAGUGCAGUGUGUGUGUGCCCUGUAGGUGCCCGAGGCAGCAAGGACAUCAAAAGAUAACUUUUUGCAAAACAACAAGUUCUCCCCCAGGACCCACGGCAGGAGACCAAGACCCCCAAAACACUUCUCUCGAGAAUCAGAACUUUGUCUUGAAUACAGUAGACUCCCCGGAGAGCUACCCUUCAUUGUCAAACAUCACAUCUCCAUACAAAUGGUUGAUCUGCAGACAGAUAGAUACCCUUGAUUGUCAAACAUCAUAUCUCCAUACAAAUGGU